AAUGUGUGUGUUUAAAUGAUACCCAACAGAGUAUCAGUGUUUUAUUUGACUGUGUUAGGUGUAAAAGUGUUAAGGGCAGCUCGACUAUGUAAAGAGGGGUACGGGAGUAACAAAUACAUUUUGGAAACUGUCAAUGUUCUCUCCACCCCCAUCAUAUGUGUGUGUUCGUAGGUGUCUGCAUGUGUUGGAGGGAUUGUUAAAGCGAUUGGUGAAUUACUGUGUUGCUAUGCUGAGCAUGUUACUGUAUGGUAUACGUGUGAGACAGAGCACUGUGUGUGUGUGUGUGUGGGGGGGAGGUUAAUUGUACCCUGGUCUAAGAUAAGCUCUUCUCCGGUGUCCGAUCUGAAUAGACCAGAGAAACUGCCUGCUGGACACACAAACAAGCCUCACUCUCACGACGUGGUUGCCAGGAGACUCCAGGCUUUGAGAGGCAUAAUAAAAUCAGAGAGUGUUUGUGGGGUGAGGGGGGGGGGGGCUUUCUUUGCCACUGUUAUGGCUACUGUUGGUAGUUAACUCUUUGGCAGUGUCUGUUACGGUACUGGAGGAGUCUUAGUGUUGGAUGCACCGACGCUUAUUCCAACCUUGUACUAUACUUCAACUAAGUGAUGUGAGGAGAAAACGCACACUGUCAAGGUUAGAAAGGGAAGAACAAACUGGGAAAAACAUUCAGACAGUCUUGGAGAAAAUGGGGGAUCAAUUAAAACUUACUUCAAACCAACGCUACAUGAAAGACUUGUCUGUAGUGCCUUACUUAGUGGUGUGAAAGCACCUCUGAAGAACUCUGGACCCCUUAAGGACACCUGGGAGAGGAGACCCGGUCAUGCACACAGGGUGAUGUGAGCAGAGAACCAUCUGACUGAGCUGCUAGCUGUUAUCCUGUCUGAGUGGAAACCACGGAGACCAAGAUGGAGGCGGGACCACUGGAGAGCAGGCUGAGUAUGGAGGACUAUGAGAAACUGCAGAGCCUCUUUCUGGGUGACAGUGAAGCAGGCGUGUCCUUCUCCAGGGCAGAGUUUAUAGAACAAGCUUGGUCUGCAGUGAGACGUGGCUCCAGGGAGGAGUACGGCCUCCUAUUCGACAGUGUUGUCGUCACUCAGGAGCAGCGUAGCCUGCUAUUGGACAGUGCUGACGAGCGAGGGGAGAGGAGAGUAGACUGGGAGAGGCUGACUUCCUUCCUGCUGUUAGGGCUGUCAGAAAAAGAGGAGAAUGAACGGGCUGCCACCGUGCCUCGCUGGCAGCCUCCACUAACGCUGACCCCGCCACACCGUGACCCUGUCCAACAGGUGGUGUACCUGCGUAGCUCAAGCCGGUACCUGUCGGUGAGUAAGGGGGGCACGCUGGGGGUGUGGGCGGGGGAGGACUUUGCCCUUCUCCAAACACACCGCCUCCACAACGACUCUGUCAGGCCCAAAGAUCUCUGGGUAACUGCUAUGGUGGUGCUGCACAACGUACACAAGAUAGCUGUGUCAUUCACCAGUAAGGAGCUGUGUUUCUAUGACUUGCUGUCCAAGCAGCAGUUUAGCUGCCAGUAUAAACUCCAGGGUCUGAGAUACGCCCCUCUCAGUCUGGACUACUGGUUUCACCCCACUUACCCUGCCCAGGCUGUACUCACCAUGGGAGACACGGGGGGACAGGUCAGUGCCAUAUGCUUCAGGUCAGCUCAGAUCUCCCUGUUUGAGAGGCCCAGUCCAGGGGCGGAGACAGACUCUGCUGACAUCAUCAAGUGGAAGGAGCUAGUUGAAGGUCGCCAUCGCUGCUGCUACACACUGAGACACCGAGCUCACGGACAAGCCUGGGUACGCAGAGUGCGUUUCCUGGGCUCUCUGGAGGCGUUGUUGUCGUGCAGCACCAGCCCCCAGAGUAGCAUGGUGAUUGGCUGGAGGGAGAGAGAGGGCGAGCCCCUCAGAGUCACCGCCUUCCACACGGAGAAAGGAACCAAUGACUUGGACCAUCACGCUGGGAUGAAUUUGAUAGCCACCGCAGGCAUAGACAACAAGGUGCUGCUGUGGAACCCCUACGUGAUCUCUAAACCAGUGGGUAUACUCAGAGGUCACAUGACCAGUGUUACCGCCGUACGCUUCAUAGUGGGCAAGAAACAGCUGAUCAGUUUCUCCAAGGACAAGGUGCUGAGGUUGUGGGAUGUGGCUAGUCAGCUGUGUAUUCAGCGUAUCGCCGGCAUCUUCCCCAAGACACAGGAGGAGUGUCACACUCUUCUGUUCCUCAGUGAGGAGCGCUCACGCCUCCUCCUCUCCUUCAACAGUCUGCUCCUCCUCAUGGAAGCCAGGAGAGAGGAGGGGAGGAGAGUCACCAGCCAUGAGAACAGUGUGACCUGUGUCCUCUAUAACAGCCUGUUCAGACAGGUGAUCAGCAGUGACUCUGGCUCCACAGUGAUCUGUUGGCUGGUGGACACAGGUCAGAAGGUCAAGCAGUUCCACCGUUGUCAUGGUGACGCUGAGAUCUCCACCAUGGCGCUGGACGGGACACAGACACGCUUGUUCACCGCCGGCACAGACGGAGUAGUCAAGAUUUGGGACUUUAACGGUCACUGCCACCACAGGCUGAAUGCGGGCCGGGACCAGGCCGUGGACAUCUCCCAGGUUCUAGUGCUGAAGAGAACCGUGCUGGUCAUGGGCUGGGAGAGGAUGUUAACAGUGUUCAGACUGCACUCGUUCUCUCAGUUCUUUGUUCAGCCCUCUGAGUGGAAGGGAGGAGUUCAGCAUAACGAUGACGUCCUGUGUGCCACAUUCCUGCCCCCUCAAACCCUUGUCACAGGAAGUUAUGACGGGGAGCUGACGGUGUGGAACAACAGCACAGAGAACGCCCUGAGAAAGCUCCGUCCAGAUCCUGAGAGAGAACGCAGCAGGCCUCAGACGGGUCAGAACCACACUGACACACCACCUGUCUAACUAACUACUACAAGUACUGCUAUUUAACCCCCCACACUCUACACAACACUUUAACAAAAACGUCCUUUCAAUGACCCCAUAUCUUCAGUGUGUAAUGUGAACGGUGAGGAGCACUCAGAGAGCAGUGGUAGCGUCUCCAGACUCUUCUUCCUGCCAGGACGUAAGGGUGUUGCCACCGUUGGUGGAGCGGACCUGGUCUCAUGUGGCGGUUCUGGUCUGGUUCGGUUCUGGAACACGGUCCAUAGCGGUCUGGUUGCUGUGUUCACAGCUCAUAAAGACAUAGGGUCCAUCAUCAUGACCAUGACCACCUGUGGUCGAUACCUGAUCACUGCUGACAUGGAGGGAACCCUGAAGACCUGGGGCAUACAGGAAUACUGCCUCCUGCCCAGCGACGGAGUGACCAAUGAGGCUCCAGAAUUGCUGGGUAGUCUCCGCCCACACAUGGACUGUGUAACUCACUUGGAGACGUGUCUCCAUGGCAACAGGCUCCUCCUCCUCUCAGCAUCUGCAGACUGUAGCGUAGCUCUCAGCUACCUGCCUGGGGACACAGUGGGCGUGUUCGGACAGGAGGAGCACUGGCGCUUGGAUGGGCCUGGAUCUGUCCAAGUGAGAGAAGGAGAGCCUAGAGAGGGGACAGUGUCACUGCAGAGCCCCAGUGGUACAGACCCUGAGUUUGACAGCCAACCUCUCAAGAUGCGGGAGGAGAGAAGGGAAGUAGUGGAGACAGAGGAGGCUGGAGACAACACAGGCCUGGAGAGAGAGGAGCUGGGGUCAAUUAUUCCCGGUGACUGUCCUCCUCCGAGUAGUAUUUUGGGGCGGAGCUACAAGGAGAGGCGGGGCCUGAGGGUGAGUGACAGCCGACCUGGCCAUAGGGAGACACCACUGAAUACUGAUGUUGGUACGUUCAGUGGGCUGCGUAUCGGAGAAGUACAGUCUGUAGGAGAGCUGUCCAGACCAGAGUUUAUCAUACACCCUCACCGCUACUUCAACCGUAGAGCCAAUACCAGCCCAAUAUUCACACCCCUACCUGCCAACACUGAGGUGGUGAAGGCUGCCUUUGACGAGCGGAGUCUGUUCCCUAAAGAGCUUCUGGAUGAGGAGGACAGGCCUAGCCAUGGAGCCAGGAAACAGGGGAGCAGGGAGGUCCGGAUCAACGACAGGGGGCGUGGAAGGAAGGACAGACAAAGAAAGGGUGGUUCCUCUGGAACUUUCUCUGGAACCUUCAAGUGAAGACGUCAUUUAUAUUGUUAUCUACUUUAUUAUGUUUUAAUAUGACUUUUUAAAUGCCUUUAAAAUUAAAUCUGAUCAAUCAAGACAA